AUGGGUGAAGCUGGACCCUCUCGCGCUGCCAAACCUGCCAAGCCCAAAUCGAAGAAGGGCACAAAACCGAAGAAUGGUCUACACUCGUCAAAGUCGCGCAAAGUCUCGGAGGCGAAGACAAUCGAAGCCUUAGAGCAGGCGGCAUCACAAUUUGAGCCCCCUCCGGGCUUGAAAGCUUUCGCUGACCUCCCGAUCUCCGACUUCACCAAGCGAGGUUUGAAGAAAGCAUACUUCACGAAGAUGACAGACAUCCAGGCGAAAAGUCUGCCUGUGUCGCUGAAGGGCAAGGACGUUCUAGGCGCAGCGAGGACAGGGAGCGGCAAGACGCUGGCCUUCCUGAUCCCUGUUCUAGAGAUGUUGUAUCGGAGAAAGUGGGGUCCUCAGGAUGGUCUUGGAGCUUUGAUUAUUUCGCCUACACGAGAGCUGGCAGUCCAAAUAUUUGACGUGCUACGAUCCAUAGGUGGCUACCAUAGCUUUUCUGCGGGACUGGUUAUCGGAGGGAAGAACCUCAAAGACGAGAGGGAGCGUCUUUCUCGGAUGAACAUCCUAGUCGCGACCCCUGGCCGUCUAUUGCAGCACAUGGACCAGACCAUCGGCUUUGAGUGUGAUAACCUGCAGAUCCUCGUUCUUGACGAAGCCGAUCGUAUUCUCGACAUGGGAUUCCACCGCACUCUCACUGCGCUCCUCUUCCAUCUUCCAAAAACUCGGCAAACCCUCCUCUUCUCAGCUACGCAAACCGACUCAGUCGUAUCCCUCGCUCGUCUCUCGCUGACCGACCCAGUCUCAAUUGGUGUAGCCGAAAGCUCCAGCUCCCUCGCCACACCGGCAUCCCUCCAGCAGAACUACGUCGUGACCACUCUCGACCAGAAACUCUCCCUCCUUUGGUCCUUCCUUAAGUCGCACCUUCAAGCCAAGACACUCGUCUUCCUCUCGAGCUGUAAGCAGGUCCGGUUCGUCUUCGAGACCUUCCGGCGACUGCACCCUGGUGUACCCCUGCUGCACUUACACGGGAAGCAGAAGCAGACAAUACGGCUCGAGACGUUCCAGCGCUUCACCGGCAUGCAGAAGGCCGUCUUAUUGGCUACCGACAUUGCAGCGCGGGGGCUCGACUUCCCCUCCGUCGACUGGGUCGUCCAGGUCGACGCGCCAGAGGAUGCGGAAACGUACGUGCACCGUGUCGGCCGCACGGCGCGUUAUGAGAGCUCGGGCCGUGCACUGCUGUUCUUGAUGCCGAGUGAGGAGGAAGGGAUGAAGGCUGCGUUAGAGAAGAAGGGAUUGCAGGUGGAGAAGAUCAAGAUCCGAGCGAGCAAGACGCAGAACAUCGAGAACCAGCUGCAGAAUCUGGCCUUUCAAGAUCCUGAGAUCAAGUAUCUGGGACAGCGGACAUUCGUCUCGUAUCUGCGCUCUGUCCACCUGCAGAAGGACAAGUCUGUAUUCAAGGUCGACGAGCUGCCGGUGGAGCGCUUUGCGGAGUCACUCGGUCUCCCUGGGAUGCCCAAAAUUAAGUUCUUGAGCAGGGAACUGGCAAAGAAGAAGAAAAAUGCAAGCGCGGGAAAGCGAGGGAGAGGAGAGCGAGGCCUCCAGGAGUGGCUCGGGCUCAGAAACGAGAGCAGCGGCGCGUCAAGCGAUGACGAGGAGCAGCAACCUGGGAAAGACAAGGAGAAGGAGAAGGCGAGCCGCGUGCGGACGAAGUACGAUCGGAUGUUCGAGCGCAAGAACCAGAACAUCCUCUCGGAGCACUACACCAAGCUCGUCGAGCACGCCACUGGGUCCGACGAGGAGGACGACUUCAUCACCCUCAAGCGGGCGGACCAUGAGCUGCCCGCGGACCCGUCUGCCAUGCCUGAAUCUGAGUACACCUCGAAGCGCAAGCAGAGGAUGGCGCUGUCGAAGAAGGCAGUCGUCAAGUCUGGCCCGCAGGGAAACAAGCUUGUGUUUGACGACGAGGGUGGCGCGCAUGAGAUCUACGAGAUGAAAGCGCCAGAAGAGGUCUUCGGGGAGGGCGGCGCUGCGGUCAAGGAGGCAGGGAGGGUGUUCGUCGAGGGCGAGAGGGGGCGAAUGAAGGAGGCGGAUGUCAAGGAUAAGGAGGAGGCGCGAGAGAAGAAGAGAGAGAGGAAGAGGAAGAGGAAGGAGAGGGAACGUGAGGGAAUGGGUGAUAGCGGACCGAUGGCAGCCACUCAAGAUCCUCUGGGUGAGGACGAUGGCUAUGUCAGCCCGGAGUUCGACUUGCCCUCCGAGGACGAGGACGAGGACGAGGCGCCUCCUGCAAAGCGCAACAGACCUUCUGGUGGUCAAGGUCGCAAACACAGUUCUGAUGGCGCCACACUUGAAGAAGAAGAGGAGUUGGCCUUACAGUUUCUACGUAGUCGCCGGUAGUAUCUUCUAUGUAUGCUUUGAAUCACUAUCCCCCUGCUUCCACAGGACGUACGAGAAUUGCAUACCUACUGCAUCGUGUGGGGUAUCAGCAUCUUACUGCCGCCUUACAUCACAGAUGCAUGUUCGAGAC